AUGAAAGUUCGUGCUUCUGUUAAAAAAAUUUGUGAUAAUUGUAGAUUAAUUCGUAGACGAAAACGAAUUAUGGUAGUUUGUUCUAAUCCAAAACAUAAACAAAGACAAGGAUAA